CCCGCGCCCGCCGCCGCGACGUGGGGCGCGGGCGGCGGGGGCGCCGGGCUCGGUCAUCCGGAGGGGCCGUGCGGCGGCUGGGGCCCGUGCGGCGCGGCGGGGCCGCGGGCGGCGUUCUUCGAGCGGUGCCUGAGCUCCCCCGCCUCCGCCGAGUCCUUCCCGCUGGCCGCCGCCUUCCCGCCGGCCGAGAAGCUGCCGCCGCCGCCCCGCACGCCGCCGCCCGCGCCCCCGCCGCCGCCCGUCCCCGCGCUGAAGCGGCCGUCGCGGGCCAAGGCGCCCGCCAAGAAGGCGAAGGCCGCGCGGAAGCUGAGCUUCGCCGACGAGGUGACCACCUCGCCCGUGCUGGGGCUGCGCAUCAAGGAGGAGGGCCCCGAGGGGCGGCCGGGCGCGGAGCCGCCGGGGGGCCGCACGCCGCUGGGCGAGUUCAUCUGCCAGCUGUGCAAGGAGCGCUACGCCGACCCGCUGGCGCUGGCCCAGCACCGCUGCUCCCGCAUCGUGCGCGUCGAGUACCGCUGCCCCGAGUGCCACAAGAUCUUCAGCUGCCCCGCCAACCUGGCCUCGCACCGCCGCUGGCACAAGCCGCGGCCCGGCCCCAGCGCCGAGGGCCCCGCCGCCGCCGCCGCCGCCGCCCCGCCGGGCAAGGAGAACGGCCCCGAGCGGCGGCCCCGCGCCGCCCCGCAGCCCCCUCCGCCCGCGCCGCCCCGUCAGCACCUCGGCGGCGCGGACAGCGGCGGCGCGGCGCCCGGCGCGGAGGCGUUCUCGUGCCCGUGCUGCCAGAAGCGGUUCCGGCGGCAGGCCUACCUCCGCAAGCACCUGGGCACGCACGGCGCCCCGCGGCCCGCCCCCCUCGGGCCGCCCGAGCGCGGGCAGCUCUCCUUCGGCUGCCACCUGUGCGGCGCCCGCUUCCCCUCGGCGGACAUCAGGGACAAGCACCGGCUGUGGCACGCCGUGCGGGACGAGCUGCUGCUGCCGCCGCCGCCCGGGCGGCCCGAGGGCGGCGGGGCGGCGGGCGGCGAGCGGCAGGGCUUCCCCUGCAAGCAGUGCCCCGCCACCUUCUUCAGCGCGCCCGGGCUGGCGCGGCACGCCAGCAAGUGCCACCCGGCGGAAGGCAGGCAGGUCCUGCUGCUCCAGGUGCCCGUCCGCCCGGGCUGCUAGCCCGCUGGGUGCCCCGAGCCCGGGCCGGGCCCGGCCGCGCUGUAAUUCCUAUGGAACGUCGCGGUCCGUGUCCGCGCGGCCGCGAGGCGGAGGGGUCGCGGCCCCGGCGGGGCGGCCCCGGGCUGCCUUCGGCCCGGGCGGGAGCGCGGCUGUACAGACGGUACUUAAAGAGAAGAGUUAUUUUUGUUUUCGUGAGAAAGGAGCCCGACCUAGUGACCCUGUUUCGAUAGCCUUAGCCCCCGAGCUUCACCACUGAAGUUAUCGUGAAGUGUUUCGUUCGCUGUGUUAUGUACCAAAUAGUCAGGAAGGUGAAUGUUCCCGUUCGGUCGGUGUCCGGUCACAUAAUAGCUAGCAAAUCGUAUGGGAACUUAUUCGUGCUGUCCGCUUGCUAAGACGCGAGGUGUUGCUCUCCGUGCUAAGUACGCGUCUCCCGCUCCUUCCGCGCGUCCGCCCUCCGGCACACCGCGCUCGGCUCCGGGGCCGCCACGGGUCCCGCUGUCCCGCCGCCCGGUGUCCCGCAGCCGGGCCGGGCCGGGCCGCUGUUGCCGUGGUGCGGCGCGCCCCGUGCUUCGGCGGCGCCCUGCCCAGCGCUCCGACGCGCCGCGGCCCUCCCGCCCGCUGCCGGCGUCCCGGGCUGUAUUUCUUCGUUCGGUUGGUUAUUUAUUUAUUUAUUUAUAUUUCACGCCGUGCUGCUUGUUUCCAAAUGUGAUCGCGGAUGAGGCCAAAAGUAAGGACGAGCAAAUUCAAUAAAUGGUCUGAAACAAA